AUGAUCCGUUUAGCUCAGCAAACACAAGUACUGAAGGGCAAACCGCCAAAUCAGUUUGUUCCACAUCCGAAAAAGAACUCGUUGACCCAUCCAAUGAAGUUUAACAGCACAAUUGCAAUGGAACACCAUGAGCAUAAUUACGCCAUUCCAUACACUCCUGCUAACUUCAAUAGUCCAGCCGUGGGCCCAUACCAUAACCAGGUAAACCAGGCCAACCAAUUUGUCCCUCAUUUUGGUGGCAACAUGGGGUCUAACAAUAAUCAUCACUUGGCUCACAAUAACAACAAUAACAACAAUCAUCACUUGGCUCACAACAAUAAUAAUAACAACAUUCAUCAUAACAAUCGUAAUCACCAUAACAAUAAUAACAAUAACAACAACAAUCGUAAUCAUCACCAAAACAACCAUAAUCAUAACAAGUAUAACAAUUCCAACCAAGGAAAUUCGAUUAGUCCAGAUUCCCCAUGGUUUCACAAAGUUUGUGCUUUUGAGGAUUGCGUAUCACAGACGCUUUACAUGUCCCAAACUCCAAGACGUCAGAACAUGAAACAUCAUUCAGAGCAUCCAAAUUCCAAUGCUAAUCCGCUAUUCUGGGAUUCUAUAGGAAGGGCAAUGGGGCUGUAUCAUGACUUGCUCACUACUCCAGAAUUGAACUCUGAUCGUGUCUCCAAACUGGUACAUUUACUUCACAACGGGUUGAGAGCCAACAGAAAUCAAUUGACAAGAAUGAAUAAGAAGCCUGAUUACGAUUCGCAAUCGUUCCACAAAGAAAUGACCAACUAUCUUUGUAAAUCGCUCAGAGAAAUCUCAGAAGAUGUCCUUAACGGCAAGGUAGAAUUGAACGAAUACGGGGCCAUGCAUUUGAUCACUGCGUUCAAGGAACUUUUGUUGUUUGAAGAAGCUGUCGAUAUUUGGAAGGCCGCGAUUAAUGGCCAAAAUGCCUACACGUCUAACAUUUUUUUGAAUCCAAGAGUCGUCGGUGUUAUACUACCAAUAUUAUAUGACAAUGGUGUUUCUUAUCCAGAAAUUCAAGCCCUUUACGAAAAAUCUUCUUCCAUGAUCAAUUACUUCCAUCCAAAUUUAUCCGUUGGCAUGAUUAGAGCCUCUCUAUCUGCUAGUGAAAAUGACAUGGCUUUGAAAUUAUUUCAAAAAUUAUGUCAAGAAUCAACUGAGAUGAAAUACGGUUAUUUGAUAGAAACCCAUCUUUCCUUUAUUGGUGAAUGUAAGGAUUUGAACGUGGCUCAAACAUUCUUUGACAAAGCCCUAAACGAUGAAAUGCCAUACAAGAUAGACUUACAAGUCUCUUAUGUGAAGUCCUUUUUAAGAAACAUCUGGAGCCAAACUYGCGAUUUCAACCAUAUCUAUCAAAUUUGGUACAAAUCCUCUUUGCAUUAUGGUAGAAAUGUUAACCAUGGUAUCUCUUCAUCUUUGAAUGAUACAUUCUUCGACAUUUUUUUCGAGAAUUAUGCUGUUGAUAAGAUGCAAGGUUUCCAAACUUUACAAAAUGUUAUUCAAACCUAUAACAACAUCAAGCAUAUAGACGAACCAUUCUUCAACAUCAUCUUAGCCAAAUGUACUGUCUGGCAUGAUCGCAGUAUUUUAGAAUACAUAGAUAAGAGCUACGAGGCCUAUCACAUCCCAAAGACAAUCGUUGCUUAUAGAAUUUUAUUGAAGUCCAUGGGCUCCGUUGACGAUGCCUCCAAUUCAGAAAUUUUACAGAGAUGGAUGGAUUUGAUCCGUAAAUCAGAUGAAAUUGGCCAAAGAUUCAUCGCCAAUGCCGACUGGGCUGCUUUAAGAGAUGCCACUGUUACAUGGACUCAAAAUGAUAGAGAUUUCAAAAAGAGUAACAUGAACAGUGCCCAAAUAAGUAGAACUGCAUCUCCUUCACCAUCUUUAACACCAAUGGACACUCCGAGAUCUGAGCAUUUGUUUAACAACUCUCAAAACCAAAUGGACUUUUACUCUCAUCCAGCAUUACAAGCUGCAACGGCUUCCGGUGCAUUUGAUGAAUUUGCUGCUGAGGCUACAUCUUCACAUAUGCCAGUUGACGGUAGAAUGGUUUUGUACCUAAAAAUUGUUAAACGUUACUCUCCAUAUUGCCGUGAUUCCAGGCAAUUAGCCAGAUUGACGACGGGUACUGCUGUCAAAUAUUCCGUUUUACAAGAGGUUUUGAACCAAUUUCAAGCCUUAGUUGUCAAUGAUAUUCCUAUUCCUGAAUUACAUAAUUUGAAACCAACAUGUGUUUGA